AUGUGGACGUGCCCGAUUGCUGCACGCUGCAGUACGUGUGGUGGUAGGCACCACUCGUUGAUCCACCCCGAGAAGCCAGCGGGUGUCCGUGGUUCGGCAUCGAACAGGCCGGCCCCGGUGGUGCAGCAGGCUGCUGGUUCUAGCGUACCGUCAGCAGGGACGGGAACGGCCAGCACACCGCAGGCUCUGACGAGCUCUGUGGCAACCAUUUACGCUGCAAACGUGGCAGCGGAGUCGAGGAGGAUUCACGUCUUCUUAUCGACGGUUCUCGUUUCGGUGAAAGACUGCAACGGAAAGUUGCACACGGCGAGAGCACUUCUUGAUAGCGGGUCGCAGGCAAAUUUGAUCUCGGAGCGGCUGUGCCAUAUGCUGCGAUUGCCCCGUAAGAAGGUCAGCGUACCGAUAUCCGGUGUCGGCAGCGCACGGAUGCAGGUUGACAGCUCGGCGUCGGCAAUAAUUGCCUCGCGCGUCUCGAACUAUACCGUACCGAUGGAGUUUCUGGUACUGAAACGAGUAACCGAGGACCAGCCGUCGGCAACGAUUGCCAUCGGCGAGUGGAACCUCCCGUCGGAUAUGGUUCUGGCGGAUCCCGGUUUCAACAAGCGCGCUCCGAUUGACCUGCUGUUGGGAUUGGAGCACUUCUAUGAGUUCUUGCUGUUGAAUGGUGGUCAGGUGCAGAUCCAGCGUCCUGGUGAAGGUCUUCCGCUGUUUGUCAACACGGUUUUUGGUUGGAUAGCAGCAGGGAAGACGGACUUGGGAAGCCUCAACCCUGUCCCGAGUUGUCAUGUUUCGGUUAACGCGACUCUGGAGGAGAAAAUCGAGCGAUUUUGGACCAUCGAAGAGCUGCAGGAGGCACCGAAGCAGACACAAGAAGAGCAGGAUUGCGAGGAGCACUUCCAGACGACGUUUUCACGCGACACUACGGGAAGGUACGUGGUGCGGCUUCCGAAGCGCUUGGGCUUCGAGAAGAUGAUCGGCGAAUCCAGGGAUAUGGCGGUGCGACGAUUGAUGCAGCUCGAGCGCAGGCUCGGUAAAGACGAAGGGCUUCGGGUGCGUUACAGCGAAGCGAUCCACACUUAUCUCGAGCAGGACCACAUGAGAUUGGUAUCGGAGGAGGAGCUGAAGGGCGACACGCGCCUUGAGUGCUACCUUCCUCACCAUCCGGUGUUCAAGGAAUCGAGCACAACUACGAAGAUUCGACCGGUGUUCGAUGGUUCGGCGAAGACGACGUCAAAUCAUUCGUUGAAUGAAGCGCUCAUGGUGGGCCCAGUUCUCCAGGACCCGCUUUUUGACCUGGUGCUUCGUUUCCGGAAGAAGCAGGUUGCUCUCGUCGCUGACAUCGAGAAGAUGUACUUGCAGGUCAAGGUGCAUUCCGACGACACCCCUCUGCAGCGGAUCUUGUGGAGGCCGUCACCGUCGGAGCCCAUUCGGACUUACGAGAUGCUUCGGGUCACUUUCGGCCUGGCCCCAUCGUCGUACCUAGCGACAAGAUGUCUCCAGCAACUGGCGCAUGAUGAAGGUGAAGUGUACCAACGUGCGAGGGAAGCUCUGCUGCGGGAUUUCUACGUCGACGACUUCAUCGGAGGAGCGGAGUCCGAGGAAGAAGCGCUUUUGCUGCGGCAAGAGCUGGAGCAGCUGCUGCCGAAGGGCGGUUUCAGGCUGCGCAAGUGGGUGUCAAACGCCACAGGGGCGUUGGCGGGGCUAGCUGCGGACGAUCUGGGGACGCAGACCAAGCUCAACUUCGACCAGGAGCAGGUGAAGACGCUGGGCAUCAACUGGCAACCUGGGCCAGAUGUGCUGGGAAUCGACGUGUCGAGUUUGUCCGUGAGCGGACCGUGGACCAGAAGAAGGGUCUACUCGAUAAUCGCCCAGCUGUGGGAUCCGAGCGGAAUCACUGCCCCGGUGAUAUCAUGGGCCAAAAUCCGGAUGCAGCUGCUGUGGGUAGCGACGCAAGGGUGGGACGACCCGUUGGCGCCUUCGCUGGCGACACAAUGGACGGAAUUCCACCAGCAACUACCCGAGUUAGCCAAGAUAGCAGUCGACAGGUGCGCAUUCGUGGAGAAUCCAGCGCACGUCGAGUUCCAUGUGUUUGCGGACGCAUCGGAGGCUGCAUACGGAGCAUGCAUAUACGUUCGCUCAGUUGACCCAUCAGGACGGGUCAAGAUUUGCCUGUUGGCGGCGAAGUCGCGGCCUGCAGGUUUGAAGAAGGUCACUCUAGCAAGACUGGAGCUGUGCGCGGCUCUGAUGGCAGCGAGGCUGUACAGUAGAGUGGUCCAAGCUCUCAAGAUGGAGGGUACGGAAACUUGGUUUUGGUCAGAUUCGACAGUCGUGCUGGCGUGGCUCAAGUCGCCAUCGUACGUCUGGCCAACGUUCGUCGCGAACCGAGUCUCGCACAUUCAGGAGCUGACGAAGGGACAUCGUUGGAACCAUGUCAAGGGGACGGAGAAUCCGGCGGACCUCGUUUCGCGCGGCGUGAUGCCGAAGGAUCUCGUUGGACUGCGUCUGUGGUUUCAAGGUCCGCACUGGUUGGGGGCAUUCGAGGAGUAUUGGAGCAAGGCGAAGCACGAGGAGACCGAAGAUCCGGCCGAAGAACUGUUGGAGAAGAAGAAGAACAUUCUGGUGGUGUCGGAAUCCCCGGAACCUCACCCGCUCAUCGAUCGCUACGCGUGCUAUUGGAAGCUGCUGAGGAUCACGGCGUACUGCAUGAGGUUUGCUCGGAACUGUCAGCGUCGCAAGAAGCCAUCCACAACGUCGUACCUCACCGUCGGCGAGCUGAAGGAAGCCAAACUGGCGCUGGUGCGCAGUGUGCAGCAGGAACCUUUCGCCACGGAGAUCAAGGCACUCGCGAACCACCGACUCGUGCCCGCCCAUUCGUCGUUGAAGCUGUUGAACCCGUUUCUGGAUCAGCAGGGCGUACUCCGUGUUGGUGGCCGGCUUAGACUCGCAGGCGAAUCGUUUUCCACCCGGCAUCCCAUGAUACUCCCCAACAGUCACACUUUCACGCGACAAGUAGCCGUCGCGUACCACGCAAUUUCCCUCCACUCUGGUCCUCGCAUGACGCUCGCUCAAGUUCGCCAGGAGUUUUGGCCGCUAAGUGGCAAACAACUGGCAACCUACACGUAUCGGAACUGUGUGCGAUGUUUCCGAAGCAACCCUGUCCCUGUCAAGCAACCCCCUGGCCAACUCCCAAAGCCUCGUACAACUCCCUCUCGUCCGUUCACCGUCACCGGUGUAGAUUAUUGUGGCCCGGUCUACCUGAAGCCCGCACACCGUCGAGCAGCUGCGCUGAAGGCGUACAUCGCCGUGUUCGUGUGCUUCAGCACAAAAGCGGUCCACCUUGAGCUUGUAGGGGAUCUGACGACCGCGGCGUUUCUUGCGGCCCUGCGACGUUUCGUUGCGCGCCGAGGCCUGCCCUCGGAAGUCCACUCGGACAACGGCCUGAACUUUCAGGGAGCUAGCAACCAUCUGCGAGAGCUCUACGAUUUGUUGCAAGACCCUACGGUGAUCGAGGAGGUCACCAACGAAGCUUCUCGUCGUGGCAUCGACUGGAAGUUUAUCCCACCGAGAGCGCCGAAUUUCGGUGGCUUGUGGGAGGCGGCGGUAAAGUCCGCCAAGACGUCGCUCAUCCGCGUGCUCGGCCAGCGACAACUCUCGUUCGAGGACAUGAUUACUGUCCUCGCGCAAAUCGAAGCAGCGAUGAAUUCCCGUCCGCUCACUCCACUUUCCGAGGAUCCGGACGAGUUGGACGUGCUCACACCAGGGCACUUUCUGACCGGAACGUCGCUGCUGGCGAUCCCAGAUCCGGACUAUUCGGACAUCCCCACGAACCGGCUGCAGCAUUACCAGCAGCUGCAACAACUGGUGCAGCAGCACUGGAAGCGGUGGAGGCGAGAGUACAUCUCGCAACUCCACAAUCAGAACCAGAAGUUCCCGCAAGCAACCCAGCUGAAGGCUGGCCAGAUGGUAGUCCUCAAGGAGGACAACAAGGCGGCAAUCGAGUGGCCUCUUGCCCGCAUCGUCGAGGUCUACCCGGGCCCUGAUGGCGUCGUCCGGGUCGUGAAGCUGCGCCUGCCGAACGGUGCUGUCUACAAGCGACAAGCAUCCCGAGUUUGCUUGCUGCCUUUCGAGAGGGACUCGAUCGGGCAGACUCCGAACGCCUUCAACCCUCAACCGUCACAAGGCGCACCGUAA